AUGUAAAGAUAGCACAUUAUUGGGAAUCUAUUGCUAGUCUUGCUUUUCCUCCUUCAUCUCUUAGUUAACUCAAACUGUUAUUUUGUUGUUCAUCAUAACGAAGACUAAAAUCUAUAAGAUUAUGAUGAAUUCACAGAUUUAUCUUAUUAAGAUUCAAUAGUGAGUAAUUAACUUAAGAGUUAAUUGUAUGAAUAGAGCGCUAAUCAGCAACCAAAAUUUAGGCUUCAAGAAUCUGAGAUGGUCUCCUUCAUAAAUAAAUACAUCUAUGACUCUACUUCUGCUCUGAUUAAUAUUAGUACUGAAAGAUUUUAAACCUCAAUUACCACAGAUAAGACCGUUUAUAAACCUUUGGAUAUCAUGUUUGCUCAGGUCUAUGUAUCAAAUGCCUUCAGCAAAUAACCUAUCAUGUUGAAAAAUAUUCUCACUAGUAAUUACUCAGUGAAGUUUUAUCUUUAUGCCCCUGAUGAAAGUCUAUUAUACUAAAGUUCCGAUCUUAUUUAGAACUCUACUUCUCACUUUACUUAUAAAUUCCCUAAUAACUCAUUAGGAGGAGAGUAUAAAUUAGUUGUUACUGGGCAAAAGAUUUAGAAUAACUCAAUAUCAGUUAUACUUGAGGAUUUUAGCAAGUAGCAACUCAACAUUAAUUGCAAACUUGGCUCUGAUAAAUAUUACCCUGGGGAUAAUAUAACUGGAGAGCUAUUCCUGAGUCGUAUCAAUGGGAAAAGCCUGAGUUCGAUCCCAACAUUCUCUUACUCAAUAAAAUUCUCUAAUCAGAGUAAAGUUACAUUUAUUGAUUAACAGAUGGGAUUUGAUGGUACAGGUUACUUUUCCUUCUAAAUUCCUAAAAACGCUACAAAUUAGACUAUAUAUUACAUAUUCUUCAUUGUUAGAUACCAAAACUAAUUUUAGGGAUCAGUUUGCGAUUUACAAAUGGCAUAGCCAAGCUAACUUACUAUUGACUUUUAUCCUGAGAAUGGAAUUAUGGUGGCAAACUUUUCGAACACAAUUUACUUCCAAUCUUUCCUUGAUAUAAACAGGCAAAAUGAAACGAAUAUUGAUAAAACUUCACUCAUAGCUAGAGACAUUAAAACAAAAGUUGAAACAACAAUAUUGGAUUAGACUAUUUAAACUUCUCUUAACGGGAUGGGUUCUUUCAGAUUCGUUCCUUAAAGCAACUUUGAUUAUUUCCUUUAAGUAGAUCUAGGAGGGUAUUCAGGACCUCUUAGAAAAUAGCUGGUAUUUAGAUAUGGAAUGAAAUUUGACACUGCUGGGGAAAUAAUUUUCAAGAUUUAAAAUAGAAACAAAGUCUUCAAUAAUAUUGAUACUAUUCAAGUUUUAUUCUAGACAAAUAACAAUAUGAACUCUUCGGAUGUUUAUAUUUUAUACAUUAAAUAAAAGGAGAAAGUUGUUUACUAUGAAGAUUUAAGCUUCUAGAAAAACCAAAACAAGACUCUGAAUAUUUCUACUGAUCAUUUCGUAUAAUCUAAUGGAGGAAUAUUCUCAAUAAGCCUUUUGAGAGUAUCUACAGCUUUUCAAAAUUAUUUUAAAAGUAGAUCUACAACGAAACUUCUUCCAAUUCCAUCAGUAGAAUAAUGGACUGUUUAAAAGGGUGAGUCACUUAUUUAUAUUCUACCCUCAUAAAGACUUAAAAUUUAGGUUAAUACUAACAAAGAAGCUUAUACUAUAGGAGAAUUAGUCUAAUACAAUAUCACAGUGAUUGAUACAUUUACUGGUUAAGUCAUCAGAAAUAUAGACUCUUACGUCACCGUUAUUGUCUCUGAUAUGUAAUCUAUAAAGGAUAGCAGAGAUCCAACAAUUGCCUCUCAAUAAUAUCUUUUAAGUGAGAUUCAAACUACGAGCAACAUAUUAUCUAAAAACAGAGAUUACCUUGAUCUACAUUUUAGAGACGACUAGAAUUCAGAUAUAAGUUUGGAAUAGACUUAUAAUGAAAACCUAGAUACUUUGAUGGCUGUUUAAGGCUGGAGAUAUAAUAUAUUCAGUCUAUAAAAUAUGACUGCUCUUUCAAGACUGUAAAAUGCCACUACACUUGAAAAAGAAAAUAUCCAGAAGUUAUUCAGCUAUAACAUUUAUCCUAUCCCAAGAAAUACUUCUGGUAGUACACUAGCAGGAAGAGUUUCAUCAAGCUCAGCAAGAUCCUCUACAGGAAAUAAGCCAACAAACUUUUACAUAUCAAAAUAAACUUAGAGUCUUGAUAACAUGAUACAAUUUGCUUAAAAUAGUAGAAUUUAUACUCAUUACCUUAGAAAAGGCUACUCAUAGAGUAAAUUAGAGGACUAAACUGAAACUUUGUAAUUCAUCAACAGUAUGAAAGCAGAAAAUGGGAUCUUUAAAGGCUCAUUCUAUUUAAGUGAUAAACAGACUUAAUUCAGACUAAAAAUUAAUGCUUUUGAUCAAACUGGAAGAAUAGGCUAUCAAGAAAUCUUCAUAAAUACCUAAGAUGUGCUUGAGAUUAUCACAGAUAUGCCUGAAUUCUACUUCAUCAAAGGGGACAAAAUAAGGACAUAUGUUAGUCUUAUAAAUAGAAGCAAUUAAACACUAUAAAUUACCAUGAAUGUAACAUAUGAUUAAAAUUGCUUCAAUAUCACUCCGAAUGUUCUUAAGUUCUAAAUUACUUCUUAAACUAAAGUAAACAGCUAAAUAAGCAUAUCUGCUAUAUCCGGCUGCCAAAAAAAGUUGAUUACUUUUAAUGUAACUGGUAAAGCAUCAACAAAAAAUCCUCAAGUGUUUAAUUAAGUCCUAACAAUAGAAAGAGAUAUUAUUGAUGACGAAUUUCAGUAAUAAGAAACAUCAACUGGAUUUAUUAAUUUUACUGGAACACAAUCUUAAGCAAAGCUUGCAGUUAAUCAAACUAAGGCUUAUGAUUAAAUUAUAAUUAAGCUGUUUCCAACGAAUUCCGCCUAUUUAUCUUCAUAAACAGCUAGACUAGAAUCGAGAUGUCAACUGUUGCAAGAAUGUGUUGCUCCUAGUCUGAUAUUAUCUGGAUUGAGUCUAAAGGACUCUUAAUCAAUGAAUAUCACUCAAAAUGAGACUUAAAGACAAUAAUUGGCAUAGUUAAUUUUCAAGUUCUAGAGAAGUCUAUCUGAAUCUGCAUCAUUAAUAAAUCAAAAUAUGUCGACAAAUUUCGAGGAGCAAAUAAAUCUAUUGAUAGGAUUAAGUGAAGUCUAAAAUCUUUCAUUCUCAUUUAAUUCACAGAAAUUCUAAGCUUUAUAAAAGGCUAUCUUAAGUUCAAGAGUUAGUAAUACUGGGUUCUCCAAUUAACUUUUAAUCAAGAGACAAGCAAUGGUGGGUUCUUAUUUUCAAAAUAUAAGCAAUGCUUAUAUAGUAUUGGCCUUGGUGAAUUCUGGUCUUAAAAAUAACUUUACUAAUGAAAUAGCUCUACUUUAGAAAAUUGUAGACUCUUAAAUCACAACAACUAAAGUGGUCUACUCUGAUAGCUAUCUUUUAAGUCUAAUUUCAAAUAUUUAUUACGCAAUUAAUAACCAAGCCUAGGGAUUGAAAUAUGCGGACAUCCUGAAAUAAAGAUAACUCACCACUGGUAGUCUCACCGCUAAUCUUACAACAUUUUAUCUAGCCCAAGGUACUAAUUAAGCUUUAGAAACAACUUGCCUAAGUGUUAAAGCCUGGUUAAAUAACUAUUAUAGAUAUCAGACAAAUAUAUAAAAAGCAAUAUAAUGGAUUCUCAGUUAACAAGAAUUUCACAGCAUGGAAAAUUUAAUGACAAGUGUUUAGUGCUCAUCAGUAAUAAAUCAAUUUAUCUAGAUAAAUGAAUUCAAUUAUUCAGCAGGGGAAGCAUAAAUAAGUUUAACCGGCUCUGAAAGCAAGUCUCAAAAGUAUUAGUUUUCAAAUUCUAGCCUAUUCCCAUUUGAGUUAACUAUCGAUAAUCCGGUUUUAUCAGAAAUCAAGUUUGAUCUCCAGAAAGUUCAAAAUAACAAGACAGUUUUGAUAAAUAAAAAGAAUCAAACUACUUCUGAAAACAUAUCCAUGCUAUAUGAAGUAACAUUGAAAACAAAAAUCUUUAAUCAGAAUCAUAACUUUUAAAACCAGAUUUCAGAUUUUAUAGUUACAACUGAAAAUAUGGAUAAAAUCGGUACAAAUUACUUUGAUGGAAGUACCAUUCUAUACUAUAUCACAGUCAAGAAUAAAAAGAGUUACCCACUAGGGAACAUUAUUGUAAAUAUACGAGUGCCAUCCUGCCUUGAACCAAAUUUAAAUAUUCUAGAUGGCUUGGUAAAUGAAAAGAAAAUAGACUACUAUCAAAUCUUUGAUAAAGGGUCUAGCAUCUUCCUGAAGAUUCCACAUAUUGCUGGAACUGAAACAUUCUAUUAGUUUAUUGGAUUUAAUCAAAUAUAUAUGGGAGAAUGUGGCCAUGCUUCUCAUGAAUUAAGAAUACUGAGCAAUCCUGAGGGCAACUCUAAUACUUAUACUUUAAACAAAUGA